AUGGCACUUUUAAACGCUACUGUCUUCAAAAGCUUGUCGGUCAAGGACAAAGGACUACUUUGGUUUUCGGCCUUAAUGGCGUGGAGAUACUAUCGCACCAUCCUCGCUCUAUACUUCUACUUCCGAUACGAAAUAGCGUCCAAUGAUUCCCUUCAGGAUCUGAAGUUUAAGCCAUCAGAUUGCACCGUGAUUGUACCCACAGUCGGCCCCGCAAACAACCCAGUGUUUAGAGAGAUGACCGAACAGAUUCUCCGAAACAAGCCUGCCUGCUUGAUCUUUUCUGCCAACAGCCCUAACGCCCAAGAGGAUAUCAUGGCCCACAUUGAGGACUCGAUCAAAACACUCGGUUCGGAAAUGGUCACGGAAAUCAAGUACACAUGUGUCAAUCAUUCCAACAAGCGCAAGCAGACUUGUCACGCUAUCGACAUAGUGAAAACUAGGAUUACUGUCAUGGUCGACGAUACUGCCAUCUGGAAUGAGCAGCUCUUGAACGCAACUCUUCCCGCCUUCAAUGACCCAGAAAUCGGCCUUGUUGGGACGCGAAAAGUGGUGAGGUACAUUCGCCCUAACCGUAAUCCCAAUAUGAGUCUCAUGCAGUACUACAAAGCAUGGUAUUGGGCUGGUCUCUGGAACACUAUAGGCGCACUGUAUCUCCAGCGUCAUAGCUUUGAGACUCAAGCAUCGAAUACCGCUGAUGGUGGUGUUUUUGCGGUAUCUGGUCGAACCUUGUUCAUCUUGACAUCAAUCGUCCGGAAUGACCACUUCAAAGAUCGAUUCUUGAACGAACAUGUUCUCAAAUCUGUCUUCACUUGGCUGACCAGACUGACCAAGUGGCACAUUCCGUUUGCAGGCCAGAUCCUUACCUACUUCGAGAAGAAUGGCCUGAACCAAAACGGAUUCGGGCCUCUUCUUGCCGAUGAUGACAAUUUCAUCACACGAUGGACCAUUGACCAUGGAUACAGCACCAAGAUCCAGUCCUCGCCCAAUGCAACCAUAACCACGGUUUUGGGAAACGUAGAGACGUUCAAGUUCAUCGAUCAAUGCAAACGCUGGAGUCGCACAACAUUUCGGCAAAAUCCCAUUGCGCUGUUCAGCGAUCGCACUAUCUGGUGGAAAUGGCCUAUUUCGGUGUGGACAGUGUAUUUCCCCUGGAUAUACAACUUCGCAAUGGUAUGGGAUCUUUUGGCGAUCCUUGCCUUCUGUCGAUCAGAACUAUAUCUCGACUCCCCCAAUGGAAAUACGAGACUCAUUCUCCUGGUCUCUUUCAUAUGGCUGACCAAACUCAUCAAAACCUUUCCGUGGUUUUGGGAACAUCCUUACGAUUUCUUGCUGUAUUUUUGGCCCAUUCCUGCUUAUCCUAUGUUUGGGUACUUCCAUUCCUAUUUGAAGGCUAAAACAGCGGCGACUUGUUGGAAUAACGAGUGGAGUGGAAGGAACUUGAAGAAGGCAGAGGCUGUUGCAGGAGCCGUCUCAGGACGCAAGAAAGCAGAAGAUGUUUCAGCAAUGGUAGCAGGACUCAAAGACGAGUAA